CUUGCUUUUGCAAUCCAACGUUUUUCCACUGCUAUCGUGUAUUUUUAACCACUGGACAAAAUAACUCAAUCCCGCUCUCACCUCACUCACUGCGUGUGGGCAUUUCAACAUUCACAACUUUUCCAUCCAUCAGGUGGUCACAAUCUGUGUGUUGACAGAAGGUCACUCAUCUCGACAUGUUGAGAAAGAGCGUUGGGCCUGUGCGAAAUUAUUCGUCGAUUUACGCCAAAGUUGUGGCAAAACGUGUCGAAAUAAAGCAUGACUUUCACAAGAUUAUCAAAUGGGUGCCGCCGGACUAUGUAAAACCUUGGCAUCCCAUCCGGUCUUGUGACCUCCGCCCACUCCAAAAAACCGACCCCAAUUGGCUCAAGUUGGAGUUUAGACCUUUCUCAGACAUCAUUGACAAAUUACCGGAAGAACAUCGAAAAUUGUUCACGGUGGAGUAUGGGCAUCGCAAAGAUGGAGUGGACGUAAUUAUGGAGGACACUCUUAGUCAAGUCAAGUGUCAUUUAUUCGACACUACUUCUCUUCCUUAUAAGAUUGCAAGGUCUACUAUAAGAAUCCGGAGUUUGCAGGACCAAUUUAUUAAUCAUGAAAUGACACUGAGGUCCGGCGGACACAGAAUCACUUGUAAAGAACUGAUUGAGAAAAGAAAAAAGUGGCUGCGACGAUUGCGAAAAGCAGAUUAUAAAUGUUUCGAGUGGAUUUUGGACGUACUGGGUAUUAUUUUCAAGCCUGAUUAUAAGAAUGUUUUUGUUCAGCGCAGAGCAUCUAUAAACGUACUGGUUCACAUGCUGUGCAACGAAAUCCGAGACAAAAAGAUGAAGGAAUACAAAAACUUGCUGGAAUAUGAGAAAAUACCAUUUUUGGAAAUGAAGUUGACUACGCUAAAUAAAAUCAAGGAGGAUGAAAGCUCAAUCAAUAUUCCCUGUUCAGUUGAUGAAGAUAUUGCAGCAACUAAAAAGAUGCUCGAUAACUUAAAAAAAGGUUCUGAUGCAAUUACCAUACAUCCUGUAGCAGAAUCUUCCAGAUUAAUUACUAGCUAGUCAAUUCAGUCGACUGAUUUUGUAUUUCCAGUAUAUGCAGGCGUAUUUUAAUCAAAUAAAAGUACAUUUUUCUUGUACAUGUACAUAUACAUGCUUGAAUUCUUCAAAAGUCAAAAUUAUGACAAGAGCGUUUCAAUUGAGAAAAUUGUGAUAUACUUCAAUUGUCAAUAUAAAAAACCGUCAAUUUG